AACUCCAAAUGAAGUCAAGGCACCACUGCAGCUCCAGAAUGCCGCUGUUGGUUGCAUGCGACAAUGCGACAAGAGCAAACCCGAAAAGAACGCUUCUGACUUAAUGUUCUUGAGCAUUCUCAUCCUGUAUCUUUAUGUAGCAAAAGCGGAGUUCAGCAGAGAAAGACAAAAGAGAUGUGAACUGACAAUAUUUUAAUGGGCGGGAUAAAAGAGUGUAAGUGAUCAAUGGAGGCGGCGGCCAAGUGAUGCCCGGGGGACGCCUUUGAUGCGGGCGUCCUCAGAGGGACACCGGGGUACAAUGCCCUCUUUGAGAGGCACGGAGAAUGGCAGACACUUCCCUCUCUGGCUGUCUCACCCCCCGGUCUCCCUCCCUCCCUCUCUCCCCUCUGAUAACUGAGCUCACGCCGCAUCCCGUCACUUCGUGCUACAUUCCUCCCCUCCGUUUUCACAUCAGCCCAUAUCCUUAUUGCUCUAACUUUCUCCCUCUUCCUCUCCCAUUAAUUAGUUCAAACAACACCCGCUUGCCUGCCGCCCGGCCCUUCGUUCCCCUUGCGUCUCCUUUCACAGGAGCAAACCUCUUUGUGAUGUCCAGCCUUGGCAAGUUGCGCCCGAUUUGCUGUCCCAGUCUUAAUGAAUUCAUCUGUUUGUGUAUUGGCCCUGCAUGGGAGCAUCUCUCCCUCCCCUCCCUUGCCUCCUUUCCUCUCCUCCCCCCAUUCUGGUGUUCUCCUGGACACUCUAUAUAUACCGGGCAGCAAUCAGGAGGCACUUAUUAUUCCUCUACCUACAUUUCCAGACAGAUGCGCUGCGUCACAGACGAUCAGAAGGAGGGAGAAAGCCUUUUUGCAGAGACACCAACCCGGACACGGUCAGGCCUCGGCAGGCCAGCGUCAUCUCGGCAUUCUCUCCGGCUUGGGCUGUUUACUGGCAGCUCCCGCAGGCAGAGAAGUCUACAGGAUGCCUCAGAGUGCACUCAAAGCUCUAUCCGAUCGUGGCACGGUGGUUCUCGAGGCAGCCAUGACCAGCGCCCUGUCCGCUCUGGACCGAGCGUCAUCCGAGAGGAGUCGGGCGGAGGCGGGCUGCGGGGGCUGCGCUCCCUGCUUGUUUCAGGACUGCGGGCAGCCCUCUGGAUCCUGCUCUUCACCCGCCAACGCCUUGACAGAACCCAGCUGCGACGUCAUCAGCAAGGCCCAGAAGCUUCAAGAUGAAGGCGAGCGGAGUUGGGCCCUGAGCCAGGCCUGCGCUUUCUACCAACACCGCUGUCAAGCCGGCAACUCGGACAAAGAGAGCUGCAUCAGAAUCAUGGGCGAGAGCUGCAGCGCCCGCGUCCUUCAGUGCAGCUUGCUGAACACGAUGCAGAACCUGGAACCCGCCACUCAGACGCAUGUACAGGCCGUGUGCGGUCAGAGGUCAUCCUCGGCCCGCAACGUCACCCAGCCUCGUUCCAGGAUCGUGGGGGGCUCCCCUGCCCCGCCAGGCAGCUGGCCCUGGUUAGUCAAUCUGCAGCUUGAUGGUGGCCUGAUGUGUGGAGGGGUCCUGGUGGAAAGCUCCUGGGUGGUCACUGCCGCGCACUGUUUCGCCGGGAGCCGCAGUGAAAGCUACUGGACGGCCGUGGUGGGCGAGUUUGACAUCACCAAGACUGACCCCGAUGAGCAGGUUCUCAAAGUCAACCGCAUCAUUCCUCAUCCUAAGUUCAACCCAAAGACGUUUAACAACGAUAUCGCCCUGGUGGAGUUGACGUCUCCCGUGGUUCUGUCUGACCGUGUCACCCCUGUGUGUCUGCCCUCUGGGAUGGAGCCCCCUACUGGCAGCCCUUGCCUGGUAGCAGGCUGGGGUUCCCUCUAUGAAGAUGGGCCGUCUGCUGACACUGUAAUGGAGGCCAAAGUGCCCCUGCUGCCUCAGAAUACGUGUAAGAAUGCGCUGGGCAAAGAGCUGGUGACCAACACCAUGCUGUGUGCCGGCUAUCUAUCAGGGGGGAUCGACUCCUGUCAGGGCGACUCGGGAGGGCCGCUGAUCUACCAGGACAGAAUUUCCGGUCGCUUCCAGCUGCACGGUAUUACGUCCUGGGGAGAUGGAUGCGGGGAGAAGGGCAAGCCCGGGGUUUAUACCCGUGUGUCUGCUUUUUCUGACUGGAUCCAAGUGGAAAUACAGAAGUCAUUUGGCAGCAGGGAACCAACAUGUCCGGAGCUUCUAAAAACGACAGAGAUGACAGAGGAGGAGCAAAGGUCAGAGUUCAUCACUCUGUGUCGCUUCUACACCCUCAGCUGCCCUCCGGGCCAGUCGGGCGGCGCUUGCAGCCGAAUGGCCGAGGACAAAUGUCUCACCCGCUUCAAGAAAUGUCAGCUGCGUUCCUUCCUGCAAACUCUGCUGGACCUGCUGCAGAGCGCUGAAGACUACAUCAGGGACAAAGUCGACCUCACCUUCUUCACGCAGACGCUUCCUCAACUGGUGGAACACAUCUACAGCACCGCUUUCCCUCACAGCAGAGACAAAAGGGACGUGGGCGGGAAUCCCGGCCUCGUGCCCAUCGAAGAGCAGCAAGGUGGCGCUGUGACACCAACGGAGCAAGGUUCCCCUUCAGUUCCUCCAGCUUUGUUCAAGGCCUUGGGCCCCACCGUAGAAGAUUGGGAGAAUUACCUGGUCGCCAUCGCUGAGGACAUGGAGGCACAGCCCAACGACACUUCCGCGGAAAACUCCUUUGAAUCAUCCAGACGGGAAGAAAAACGUUUCUUACAGGCAGGGGACGACUCGGUUCUUCGGCUUCAGAAAGAAUACCAAAAUAUGAUCUCGGCGUUACGCUCCAAACUGGACUCCAAAGCUGCUCCGCCCAUCCUCCACAUGGAUCCGUCCGAUCUCCACCAACGUUCUUCCGACCCUCUUUUUCUUCCAACAUCUUCCCCAAGGCUGCAAAUCAACCCUGGUCCUUCCUCUCCCCCCAAAUCGCAGAAGCCUUGGUCACUUCUCUCGGCCCUAAUGACCGAAAUUGAGAAAUUAAAGAUCGCCAGUGAAACUUUGACCAGCGACGAGACCCAAAACGAAGCGUUUGUCACAUCAACCGAGGGCACGUGGGACAAAGUGGUGGAUCUCGGAGAGUUACCGGUUGUGGUAUCAACUGCAGUUCUCCCAAUUCAUAUGGCGAAGACGACAUCUCAGCCUCACGCUCUGCACGCUAGCGAUCCUUCCAGUCUCCACAGACGACAAAGGAGCCUUCUCCGCAAGAGACAGACACCCGGGCCCGGUGGGAAAGUUUGUCCCGGUGUUCGAGAGACUUCACAGCAAGUCAGUCAAGUCAGAGACUCUUACCAUUGGGUGCUGAGUAUCCCAAACAAGAACCUCCAUAUGAGCUUCCAAGAGGUCUUAGUUGAUCUGAGCUCCAAGAACGAUCGAGGACUUUAUCAGGCGAGGGUCAGAGCCGUCGUAGGAGGGCGGCCUCUGACUUUCUACGGUCUCGUAGGCCUGGAAAAUGAAUCCUUCUACCGCAGUGUGCCGAGGAUCAUCUCCUUAGCGCUGGAGGCCCUGAAGACUUAACGUCAACGGAACCACAGGAAGAAUGAUCAAAAAAACCGAAGCGCCAGACGACCUCGGUCACAUCGACGUGGGGAUUCAAACGCAAACAGUUGCUUCCUACCGUGGAGCGGAUCCUCGAAGUAGGAUUCCGUGACCCGUUUUGAGAGCCAGAUUGCGGCUCUACCGAAAAACUAUGAAUGUAUCCAUCCAGCCAUCAGCAGGCCCUCGCAACAAGCUUGUCUAACUUAUGAAUCCAUCCAAGCGAUAAGUUAUUCGAUUCUCAUCAGCACAAAGUCUUUUACAAAGGUUGAGCCUCUUGUGAAGGACACGGACUGCCUAUCAUGUUUAUAUCUUAUUUAUUUUUCGAGAAAAAAAAUCUUUUGUAUUUUUGUAACAGCAAAAUAUAUAUGAAUGACGUGCGUAUAAAACUUUUAUUAACACCGUG